AAAAUUCAGAAAACUUAACAGUUAAACUGACCAAAGACCAACUUGAGCGAAAGCAAAAGAUUCCAAAAUUCUUUCCAAAAAGGCAGAGAGAGACCAGACCAGUCCACUUAUCCCAAAAUUCAAAAGACCAUUGAAUCUCCCUUGGUUUGUUUGACAAGUUUAAUUUAGUUUUCUGUUGUGCACUUGGGGCCUUGCAUUGCUUUGUGCCCAAGUCAGAAGCCAGAAGCCAGAAGCCAGAAGCAGCCGACAGCUUUUGGUGUUUUCAUGUCUUCUACAUGUUCUUCUUUAAAGGGUGUCUGACAUGGGUUUAGGAGACUUUUAACCAAGAUUUUUCGUCUGGAGGUGAAAUUCGAGCUCCGAAAUUGAAGCAUCAAUGGAAGAAAAGCCGUUCCCGGCAUGGUCAUGGUCAAUUGAGCAGUGCUUGAAGGAGUUACAUGUGAAGCUAGAUAAGGGUCUGAGCACUUAUGAGGUUGAGAAGCGGCGCGAAAGGCAUGGCUGGAAUGAGCUUGCCAAAGAGAAGGGGAAGCCGUUAUGGCGGCUUGUACUCGAGCAGUUCGACGACACAUUAGUGAAAAUACUUCUGGUUGCGGCCUUCAUAUCUUUUGUUUUGGCUUUCAUGGGUGGAGGUGAGUCAGGGGACUCCGGGUUCGAAGCCUAUGUGGAACCGUUUGUGAUAGUUUUAAUUCUAGUCCUCAAUGCCAUUGUUGGAGUUUGGCAAGAGAGUAAUGCUGAAAAAGCGCUCGAAGCGCUUAAGCAGAUGCAGAGCGUGUCCGCUAAGGUUUUGAGAGACGGGUAUUUGGUGCCGGAUUUACCUGCAAGGGAACUUGUUCCGGGUGACAUUGUUGAGUUGCGCGUUGGAGACAAAGUCCCUGCUGAUAUGAGAGUGGUGGUUUUAAAGACUUCGACUUUGAGAGUUGAGCAGAGUUCAUUGACUGGAGAGGCCAUGCCGGUGUUGAAAAACACUGAUCCGAUAUCCAUGGAUGACUGUGACUUGCAGGCUAAAGAGAAUAUGGUUUUUUCGGGCACAACAGUCGUCAAUGGAAGCUGUCUUUGUGUUGUGAUUAGCACUGGCAUGAACACUGAGAUUGGGAAAAUCCAGAAGCAAAUACAUGAGGCUUCUUUGGAAGAAGAUGACACCCCUUUGAAGAAGAAGCUGGAUGAAUUUGGAAGCCGGUUCACGACUGCAAUUGGGUUUGUUUGCCUCAUUGUUUGGGUUAUGAACUACAAAAACUUCCUAUCUUGGGAUCUCGUCGAUGGAUGGCCAACGAAUGUUAGGUUUUCGUUCGAGAGAUGCACGUACUAUUUCAAGAUCGCUGUUGCACUUGCUGUGGCUGCAAUCCCAGAAGGUCUUCCUGCUGUUAUCACAACUUGCUUAGCUCUUGGGACAAGGAAAAUGGCACAAAAGAAUGCGAUUGUGAGGAAGCUUCCGAGCGUAGAAACCUUAGGAUGCACAACUGUGAUUUGUUCGGACAAAACGGGGACCUUGACAACAAACCAGAUGUCUGUGACAGAGUUCUUCACUUUGGGUGGAAAAACCACUGCUUCGCGAACAAUUCGUGUUGAAGGCACAACUUAUGAUCCCAAGGAUGGCGGAAUUGUUGAUUGGAGUUGCUUUAACAUGGAUGUUAACAUGCAGGCCAUGGCAGAAAUAUGUGCUGUUUGCAAUGAUGCUGGCAUUUAUUUUGAUGGCCAGCUCUUCAGGUCUACAGGUUUGCCUACUGAGGCAGCUCUCAAGGUUUUGGUCGAAAAGAUGGGAGUUCCAGACGCCAAAGCGAGGAACAAAAUUCGUGACAUGCAGCUCGCUGCAAGCUACUUAAUUGACAGCACGGCAGCGAAAUUAGGGUGUUGCGAGUGGUGGACAAAAAGAUCGAAAAGGGUUGCCACGCUAGAAUUUGAUCGUGUCCGAAAGUCUAUGAGUGUUAUUGUCCGGGAGCCAACUGGGCGUAAUCGACUUCUUGUCAAGGGUGCCGUUGAGAGCUUACUGGAGCGCACAUUCCAUGUGCAACUUGCUGAUGGAUCCCUCGUUCCAAUCGACGAAACCUGUAAACAGCUAUUGCUCUCGAGACUCCAAGAGAUGAGCUCGAAGGGAUUGCGGUGCUUGGGAUUUGCAUACAAGGAGGAGUUGGGAGAGUUCUCAGAUUAUUCUUCCGCAAGUCAUCCUGCUCACAAGAAGUUGUUUGAUCCGGCCUGCUACUCCUCCAUCGAAAGUGACUUAAUUUUUGUAGGCAUUGUUGGGUUAAGAGACCCGCCUCGCGAUGAAGUUGGCAAAGCGAUCGAAGAUUGUAGAGAAGCUGGAAUUAAAGUUAUGGUGAUAACUGGAGAUAAUAAGUCCACGGCUGAGGCAAUCUGUCAAGAAAUCAGAUUGUUCUCUAAAGACGAGGAUCUGAAAGGGAGAAGCUUUACAGGAAAAGAUUUCAUGGUUCUUCCGAAAUCACAACAAAUGGAAGUUUUAUCGAAACCAGGAGGGAAGGUUUUCUCUCGUGCCGAGCCUAGGCAUAAGCAAGAAAUAGUAAGGAUGCUGAAAGAGAUGGGGGAGAUUGUUGCAAUGACCGGAGAUGGAGUGAACGAUGCACCAGCACUCAAACUCGCUGACAUUGGAAUCGCCAUGGGAAUUACGGGGACUGAGGUGGCGAAAGAAGCUUCGGAUAUGGUUUUGGCAGAUGAUAAUUUCAGUACUAUUGUUUCCGCUGUUGCAGAAGGCCGGGCCAUUUACACUAAUAUGAAAGCUUUCAUCAGGUACAUGAUAUCUUCAAACGUCGGAGAAGUUAUAUCCAUAUUCUUGACCGCUGCGUUGGGAAUACCAGAAUGUAUGAUACCUGUGCAGCUUCUGUGGGUAAAUCUGGUUACCGAUGGACCGCCAGCAACAGCUCUCGGUUUUAACCCAGCUGACAUUCAUAUUAUGAAGAAACCACCUCGGAAAAGCAAUGAUCCUCUUAUGAGUUCUUGGGUUCUCUUCCGUUACUUGGUAAUUGGAUCCUACGUAGGCAUCGCAACCGUUGGCAUCUUUGUCUUGUGGUAUACUCAGGCUUCCUUCAUGGGCAUCACUCUUGUGAGUGACGGACACACACUCGUUGAAGUGUCUCAACUUCGCAACUGGGGCGACUGCCCCUCAUGGUCAAACUUCACAGCGGCUCCAUUCACGGUUAGUGGGGGUCGGACAAUCACUUUUUCCGACCCCUGUGACUAUUUCUCUGUUGGGAAAGUGAAGGCAAUGACUCUGUCCCUCUCUGUACUGGUGGCCAUUGAGAUGUUCAAUUCCCUCAAUGCUCUCUCUGAAGACAUCAGCUUGGUGAAAAUGCCACCUUGGAGGAACCCUUGGCUUCUGGUUGCCAUGUCGGUCUCAUUUGGGCUUCACUGCCUCAUCCUCUACAUCCCGUUUCUGGCAGAUGUCUUCGGUGUUGUUCCGUUGAGCCUGAAUGAGUGGCUUCUCGUAAUUUUGAUCUCCGCGCCAGUGAUACUUAUCGACGAGGUUCUUAAAUUAGUAGGGAGGAGGAGAUGGAGAGCAAAGAAGGAGAAGACAGCAUGAUAGAACGAGUCAAUUCACUGUUGAUUAGAAUUCUCUGAUGAUUAUAUUUGUGUACCUAAGGUUUGUUUUAUGUCAAACUAAAGGCAUUAAUCACCAUUUAUUCAUUAAUCAAA